AACAGAAGUAGAUGGAUGGGUGCUGGCAUUUCCAGAGCUAGCCAUAAAGUUGGGAAUUGUUUAUGGGCCCCCGAGAGGUCGCAGGGGUCGGUCAUUCCAGAUCUACUUUCAGGGAACGCUUCUGGUAGGAACAGCUUCGCCCGGCUCCUCAAACAGCAAGCGGGCUCCACGCUCAGGGUCCAAAAGAGGCCUGCUCACUUGGUGACCCUCAUCGGAGCUCCUUUCUCUCGGGGACAGAAAAAGAAAGGGGUGGACCAUGGGCCUCAAGCCAUCAGGAACGCGGGACUCGUCGGGAAGCUGUCCCGCAUGGGUUGUCAGGUAUAUGAUGUUGGAGAUCUAAACUUUACCCAAGUGCCCAAUGAUGAGCUCUACAACAAUCUAGUCAAAUACCCACGCUCUGUAGGAUUAGCUAGCCAAGUUCUGGCUGACACUGUGAAUGAAGCUGUUGCUGCUGGACAUAGCUGUGUAACUAUUGGAGGUGAUCACAGUUUAGCACUUGGUUCCAUCAGUGGUCACACCAGGCAGUACCCACACCUAUGUGUUAUCUGGGUUGAUGCACAUGCUGAUAUUAACACUCCACUCACAAGUCACUCAGGAAAUCUCCAUGGACAGCCAGUCUCAUUUCUUCUAAGAGAACUUCAGGACAAGGUUCCACAGCUUCCUGGAUUUUCUUGGAUAAAGCCCUGUCUCUCACGAUCAGAUAUUGUAUAUAUUGGCCUAAGGGAUGUUGAUCCAGCCGAACACUAUAUUCUGAAGAAUUUUGGCAUCCAAUAUUUUUCAAUGAGAGAUGUUGAUGGUUUGGGAAUCCAGAAAGUGAUGGAAAGAACAUUUGACCACCUUUUGGGCAGAGGUCAACGACCAAUACACCUCAGCUUUGACAUUGAUGCUUUUGAUCCAGCAUUGGCUCCAGCAACAGGGACUCCUGUUUUGGGUGGCUUAACAUAUCGUGAAGGCAUGUACAUCUCAGAGGAAAUACAUAAUACAGGCCUGCUUUCAGCCGUGGACCUUGUAGAAGUAAAUCCAUUGCUUGGAGCAUCACAGGAAGAAGUGAAUGCAACAGCAAAUCUUGCAGUAGAUGUGAUUGCUACAUGCUUUGGACAAACAAGAGAAGGAGCACACAUUGUUUUUGAUGGCCUCCCAACACCUAGUACACCAGAUGAAUCUGAUAGUGAAGAGCAAGUACGGAUUUAGGACCUCCAACUGUCAGCAGAUAUUUCACAACAGACAUCUUAUAAAGCUCUGCUGACCUUCUCAAAAUGGGCUAAAACUUCAUCAGUUUUGGAGACAUGUUACUUUUUCCAUUGUGUGACAACACUGCCAUACUACAAUUUAGACAACAUUUCAACUUAGAGAAUCUUUUAUUACUUUGCCGUUAUACAAUCUUACCAUCACUUUGCUGCCCUUUAUCUUUUUUCUCCAGCCACAUUUUCUUCCAGUAAUGUUCUCAGGUGAACAUGCUGUUAAACUGACAGCAUUUCAGUAGUAUCUCUCAACUGCAUUGAAUACAAUCCACCUCCACUAUUCAUUAGUAACUUCUGUGCAUAGUCCUUAGGGUGGAUGGAAGACAUGAGGGUAGAAAAAUGUGUAUUUUGAAAGCUCAGCUGAAGAAUUUAUAGUAAACAAUGCCUGCUAAGAUGGCUACCUCCAAAAUGAUAAUAACUGAGAGUAACAGUUUGUUUGUCAUGAGCCUAGAAAGAAAAAGGGAAUAUGGGAUUACUUACUGUUGUAAAAAACAUCUGACAAUACCAUCCAUCCAAAUCACUAAGAUAAGAUGGAAGUUUCAUAUUUCAAAAGUGCAAACUGAUAGCAUACACCUAGAUGACCUGCAAAUACUGUACGAUUGCUUGCCUAUUUUUAAAAUAAGAUCUUAAUUUUAAUCUGAAAUUUUAAAGAGGGAAACAUUUAAGUUCGCACACAAUCCUAAUUCAGAUGUGAUGUCUAAAUACCUGAGAAACCAAAUUGAUUCAAGUUCCAAACUAUAGGUGGAUUAUGAUUAAUUCUAUUAUUUUCCCUGAUGUCUCCCAAAGUGGGUAGCACUGUUAAUCUGUUGCAGCAAGAGUCUUGUAGCACCAUAAACUAUAACAAAAUUAUUUGGCAAGGAUUGCAGCCCUCUGCAUCAGAUGCAUCUGAGGUGAGCAGUUGCAGUGCACAAAAAAUAGUGGCAAAUAAAGGUAUUCAUCUAAGGUACUAUGAGAUUCUUAGUUGAUUUAUUGCCCAAAGAAUCUAUGGAUGGUUCCCUAUUGCUGACAAAGUGACAUCACAUGCAGUCUGAUUAGUAGCUAGCAGCUGCAAGAUAACAAUGUAGCUAAGGACCUGCCAGUUUGGAUGCUUUGGGGCAAUCAGUUCCUUCCUUUUAGCAUCCCAUCUACUUCCCUUUUCCUGCAAUAAUGAAAUGUGCUUUGAGAAUAGGAGAUCACAGCAAAAAGGGGUAAACAACCAGUGAUCAUUCGCUGCUGCAAAAUUUACAUUUGAGCAGAACUCCUUGUACAGUAAAAUUCAAUAAAGACUGUUAACUGAC